AUGGGCUAUCAACAACAACAGUAUUUCCCACCACCGCAGGGGUCUUCUCAACCAUACAGACCACAAUACCAACAGCAGCAAUCCAUUCCACAACAGAAUGCACCGCCGAUUCCACCACAAAAAUCCACGCUCGAAGAAACACUGCAAGCCUUUAUGGAAAUGAGCAAACAAAGUAUGGAGUCCCAAGCUUCUACGAUCAAAAGGCUCGAAACUACGGUUGGACAACUUUCCGGUGCCUUGAAUCAAAUCCAACAACAACAGCAACCCGGGAAGUUUCAUGGUCAACCUGCUCAGACGCAUCAAGCUCUAGCUGUUACUGUUCUUCGCAAUGGUAAGAUGGUGGAUAACAAAGUGGAGGUUCCUAAUUUGACCAGAGCAGAACAGCCAAGCUCCACCUUUACUUCGCCAGAGCAGCCAAGCCAGGCCAGCGGAGCCAAGUCAGACCAGCGAAAGAUGCCGAGCUUGACCCAGUCCAGACCAGAGCUGCCGAGUUCUGCUCUGGCCAGCCCAACUGAUGGAGAGAAGGUAGACCAGCAACAUGAAGGAGAAAAGGCGACGGAGGUCAAGCUCCACAAAGCUACUACACCUUAUCGACCACCGGUUCCUUUUCCAAACAGACUGAGAAAUGAGAAGUAG